CCCAAGCCUGUGCCUGACUCAGGAGGUGGUGUCUGGGCCCUGUGUGCCUUUAAGCAGGGAGUACAAAUUCCCACCCCAGCCCCUCCCUCCUGCUCUUUCUGACGUCAGGAGGAAGGCGUGUGUGAGUGAGUGAGGGGCUGAGGUGCCGCAUGCUCACACACACACACACACACACACACAGGCACGCGCUCAUACACACAACACAUCGUUCAGACCCGUCCCCUGCGCCCGGCUCCAAGUGCCCGGAAGCGGCAGAGUGCUGAAGCCGGCUCCCUGACCUCAGCCGCCAAGGAGAGACGGAGCCUGUGGCUGGAGAGGCCUCCGGGCAGGGCCGGGCCGGGCCCUGCCUGCAAGGACGCCCGAGCCCCUCACUGGCCCCUGUGCCCGGGAGCCCACCAGGCUCUCCCCCUGGCCCCACCAUGACUUCGGAGCCCACCUCGUCCCCGGUCGUGCCCCCACUCCACUCCCCAAAGUCCCCCGUCUGGCCCACCUUCCCCUUCCACCGGGAAGGCAGCAGGGUCUGGGACAGGGGCAGUGUCUCAUCUCGGGACCUGCCCAGUCCCCUGCCCACCAAGCGGACCAGGACGUAUUCAGCGACAGCCCGCGCCUCUGCUGGCCCCGUGUUCAAGGGCGUCUGCAAGCAGUUCUCCCGCUCCCAAGGCCACGGCUUCAUCACCCCUGAGAACGGAUCCGAGGACAUCUUUGUGCACGUGUCAGACAUUGAGGGGGAGUACGUCCCGGUGGAGGGCGACGAGGUGACCUACAAGAUGUGCCCCAUCCCGCCCAAGAACCAGAAGUUCCAGGCUGUGGAGGUGGUGCUCACCCAGCUGGCUCCCCACACUCCCCACGAGACGUGGUCCGGCCAGGUCGUGGGCUCCUAGGCUGGGGGGGGAGUCCCCCAGGGUGGACAGGCAGCAGCUGGCUCCCUGCCCCACAGCACUGGCUGACUGUCCCCUGGGCAGCCUCAGUGUGCACGUCUGUCUGUCUGUCUGUGCUUGUGGCAGUGAGUGUGUGCCUCCAUCCAGCCCUGUGACCUGUGACUGUUACGUGAGCUGGACCGAGGGGGCAGCCACCAGACCGCCUCCUCUUCUUGUCCACGCUCUCUCCUUCCUCCCCUCCCUGCCACACUGGUGCCCUUGGCCCCCCGGCCCACCGCUCCAUGUGCCUGCAGGGGGCACCCCUGGGCCCUGCUUCUGCCUGAGGCCCCGGCCCUGGGGGGGCCAGGGCUACUUGUGCUACUCCCACCUCCCCCAGGGCCGGGGUCUCCCACAGUGGCCUGGACCUCACCCUCAGCCAGGCCAGCAAGCACUUUGGGGGCCUCCCAGCCUGUGGCAAGGAAAGAGGGUGAAAGGUGGAGGCGUGCGGCCCCCUUUGGCGCCCCAGCCUGGCCUCCUCUCCCAGCACACACUGGAGGCAGGGGAGGGGCCCGAGGGCAAAGGCAUCUGGGGCCUGUCCCUUCUCCUCAGCCUGGCAACGGCUCCAUGAACCCCAAACUGAGGUCGUAUCUUCUCCCCUGGGCCACGCUGAGUCGGCCGCCUCAACUUCCCCAGGAGGCAUGGGUCUGCGGGGGUGGGGACGUGUCUCCCUGAGCCUGGAUUGAGGCCUCUCCUUUGUCCUGACUCACAAUCCUCACUGAUGCUCAGCCUGUGCUCCGCACGAUGGCUGCCGCGGACCCCGCGAUGGAUGGACGCACGUCCCCUCAGGCAGGGCCAGGCGGGGCACCCACAAGGACGGCCCUCAGCCUGGGAGGCCACUAACCCCGCAAACCCCUCGCUGGUCCCUCUUCCCAAAUCGGUGGGGUGGUGGUUUCUGCUGGCCCCCAAGGCAGUGGCCAAAUCGUGUCCCUACGUUGUCAAGCCCUCAGGUGUGUGUGUGUGUGUGUGUGUGUGUGUGUGUGUGUGUGUCUGUCUGUCUUGGGUGGGGUGGGCCUGGCCUGGGAGGCCAGGAAGGAGGGCUUCCCCCGACCCCCAUCCCCAUCCAGAGCACAUUGACCUGAUGCAGAUUGAAACGGGGCUUAAGGGGGGGCCUGCAGGACAGUGACCCUGAGGACCGCAGUCUGUGUGUAAGUCGGGGCUCAAAAGCCCAAGAUGCAGAAGUGACAACUGCCUAGGACCCCCAGCUCUGAAGACACCAAGAAUGUGGGGUAGAGAUCAGCUGGGAUUCACGUCCCUGUCCUCAGUCCCCACUAGGGUCUGGGAGCCCCAAGCUGCUGAGAUGUGCUGGCCAGCUUCCCAAAACUGAGAAUGACCCAGCCUGACACCCAGCUCUGAGCUGGGGCUGCACUAGCAAGGCCCGAGGCCUCUCCCCUGAGAACAAGGACUCCCCAGCUUCCUUGGUAGUCAGUCUACUGGUGCAGACUAACCCCUGGAAGCACCCCCAAACCCCCUCCUGUGAGUAGACCCCCUUUUUGAGGCCCUGGUGAGGAGGCAGGAUGUGGGGACAUCAGCCCUGGGGCCACCUGGGGUGACAGGAGCAGCAGCACUCCUGUCACCUCGCCCCCACAGUGUCUAGUCACAAACCCUUCUGAGCCCCCAGCCACCCGGACUCCCCCACCCACCCCCAACACUGGCAAUAAAUCCUCAACUGUGACUCA